AUGGCAGAAGGAGCCGGAUCUAAUUUAGAUGAGGUCUGGAGGAUUUUAGGGCCUUUCGGAAAAUACACUGUUGUGAAUUAUGCCUUCCUGUUAUUUCCAUGUUACUUGGCUGGUAUAUAUGGAUCUGUGUUUAACUUUGAGGCUAUGGAUAUUAACUACAGAUGUGCAAUACCCGAAUGUGAAUAUGAAAAUUCAACUUGGAUAGAAUAUGCUAUACCCAAACAGAAUAACAAGUUUGACAAAUGCAGAAGAUAUGAUUAUUUUAAUGAAAGUAACACAUGCGAUCAAUUGUCCUUUAAUCGAUCCUCAAUUUUCAAAUGUAAAGAAUAUGUCUACAGCAAUGAAGAUUCAGUAGUCAAAGAUUUCAACCUCGGCUGUCAAGAUUGGAAGAGGACACUAAUAGGUACAAUGUACUGCGCAGGAUUUCUUAUAGCCUUACCACUAACCGGAGUACUUUCUGAUAAAUAUGGAAGAGUAAAAUCCAUGGCCGUUGCUUCUGCUAUGUAUGCUAUAUUUGGAACUCUACGAUCUUUCUCAACUAGUUACGAAAUGCUGAUCAUUUUUGAGUUUUUGGAAACCGCAACAGGAGCAGCGACGUAUAGCACAGCUUUUGUAUUUGGUAUGGAGCUAGUGCGUCCCGAUGGCAGAGUAUUUGGUAACACCCUGAUGAACUUUGCAUUUAUCCUUGGUUCAAUGUCCCUCUCGCUACUUGCAUGGGUCCUGCAGAAUUGGCGACUAAUGUUGAGAAUCGUAUACGCACCAGCAUUUUUAGUUUUAUCGUACCUAUUUAUUCUAAACGAAAGCCCGCGUUGGCUACUCAGCAAAGGACGAUGCGAAGAAGCAUUAUCUAUCUUAAAAAAGGCGGAAAAUAUGAACAAAGUAACAAUACCAGAGCAUUUACUGGCAUCAUUAAAAGCAACUGCAAAGUACGACGAAUCGAGUAUAAAUGAAAUGAAAUUUGGAACUGUCUUCACAAAGGUGGUGAAAUCGAGAACAAUGUUGUUAAGACUUGUGCUGUGCUGUUAUUUGUGGAUCACCUGCUCUUUUGCGUACUACGGCCUAUCAAUUAAUUCUGUAUCUUUGGCUGGAAAUAAAUACUUGAACUAUACGUUUGUGGCCUUUAUAGAGAUACCGGCGAAUGUUUUUUGCUAUGUAGUUUUAACUAAGUAUGGAAGAAAACGGGUGUUGGUGACAAUGUAUGCAUUAGGAGGGAUCUUCUGUAUUGGUCUCACGUUGAUAGCACGUGAUUCUCUUUGGUCUUUAUUUAUCUAUUUAGCAGGAAAAUUCGCAAUAACAGUAGCAUAUAGCACCGUAUAUGUCACGGCCUCUGAGAUCUUCCCAACGAAUGCGAGACAAUCACUUCUUGCCAUAUGUUCCACCACAGGAAGAGCAGGGGCGACAAUGGCGCCUUUGUCUCCAUUACUCGCCCUAUAUAACGACAAUUUGCCAACUAUAAUCUUUGGCAGUCUUGCGUUACUUGCUAGCCUACUAUCGCUUACUAUACCGGAGACAGAUCACGUAACUCUUCCAGACAGUGUAAAAGAGGCCAAGAAGAUUGCUCAAAUAAAGAAGAUUUCGAAAUUAUAG